CAAGACAGUAUAAAAUUAAACGCACUUACGCCACGUUUAAUAUUUCUUGAGACAUUUCUGAAGAACUUAAAAUGAAGAUUUUGACGAUUAGUUAUCAGAUCAUGUGCAUAUUGGCCGUUACAAUGAUGGCUUACAGUCUAGACCCUGUGCGACUUCGAAAGUUUAAUGAAAAUUUAAUGAAAUGUAGUGAAAAAUUAGGUGCAUCUACGACCUCACUAUCUGCCGAAGCACUUGUAUGCGCAUUGGACAGGGAUGGCAAGCUUCUUGACGAUAAUGGUGAAUACAUAAGAGAUGCAGUCGUGCAAUCUAUGGAAGAUGCUAUCUCCGAUCCGAGCACAGUGAAAAAGGCGCGAGAGACGCUUAACAAAUGUUUCGACGAUGCGGAUCAAAGUGGAACCACCGGUCGGGAGCAGACAAUAAAAAUUGCCACAUGCCAUCUUCCGUUAGUGUCCAGCUUCGAUAAGCUAAAGUAAAAAGGAUUUGCAGAAUUUCCUCCAGUAUAACGCUCAUAUAAUUUUCUUCGCAUUUCUCUGCAUAACUUUACUUCUGUAUAACACAUUACGUUUUGUGUUGAAAUGUAUGCAAAUCUAAAAUUGAUAAUAAAAUUUGUUUAAGCGGUUCUUCUAAAGAAACAUUC